AUUUCUUUUGCAGAGAAAUAUUUGAAUUUCUUUAAAGCUGUUGUGGAAUUGCAGUCUUUCCCUGUUGCUGUGGUUUAUUUCAUCCUUAUUAUAGCAUCUGUGCUAUGGAAGAAGUUCACUUCACCUCUAGGAUUGCACAAGGUGGCUUUUCAAACUCUUAAGUUUUUACCAAUGAUUCAUUUUCUUGCAGUGUGACUACCUAAUUAAUAUAUUUAUUGGAAUAAGUGCCCAACCUCGAAUUAGCACCCACCUCGAAUAAGCACCCAUCCUAAAGGCAGAAAAAGUUAAUAGGCACCCAGCCUCGAAUAAGCCCCCACUCCCACCCCACCCCACCCCACCCCACCUCCCUCUCAAUCCCACUCAAACCCAAAUAAGCCCCCACUCCCUUCCCACUACCACCCCAAAAAAAGGAAUAAGUACUAAUUUGAGACUUCCCCGAAGACGGAGUUUUCUUCAGAGUGUCUUGCAGAAGCCUUGCUUUGUUACGUCUUCACGUUUUGUUAUUACCACUUACUGUUUUCUUGCAAAAUAUAUAUACUACACUUGUUGAAAAUGGUGAAAAUUUAAUAAGCGGUCAGCCUCAAAUAAGCGCCCACCUGGAAUAAGCGCCCACUCUCAAGGUCCAAAAAUUUAAUAAGCGCCCAGGGCGGUUAAUCGAAUAAAUACGGUAACCACGCAAGGCCACCUAGACAAAUUUGACCAAUCUGAUCACAGGAAAUUAAAUAACAAGGAGGCCAUUGGGGUUUAAUGUAGCAUGUGGUAUCAAGCUUUUUCUCAAACAGUACUUCAUUAAUUUUGAUUUUAAUUUGUGGUGUUGCGGUAUCAUCUAGCCUUGUGGUAUGUGGUUUUCAAUGUUUUGGCUGAUGGUGUUGGGUAAAGAAGUCAUCCUUCACUGUAUUGCUGUACUGUUCAUUUGCGCUCUCACUCCUGUCUGAUACAGGUCAAUACAACAUGCAACACAAAACACAGUAAGAUGUACAUGCAGGUCAAUAAAAGUAUAAUAUAUUUAAUAUGCGUACUGAAUAUUAAUGAGUUAUUAAAUUUGCUUUUAUGGUUUGUUUCAGGUGCUUGUGGGCUAUAACUUUCUCUGCAGUGCACUCAGUCUGUACUCGUUGGCCAUCAUUCUAAGGGCCUAUUAUAAUGCUGGCUUGCUUUAUACAUUUGCCAUGGUGGAUGAUGCUGAAGUAAAACAUGCAUUCUUUAUCUAUUGGAUCACCAAGCAUCUUGAGUUACUGGAUACUGUGUUUAUGAUUGUAAGACACCGGCAAAGGCAAAUAACAUUUCUACAUGUAAGUUGCAGUAUGCUGUUAAAUACCAUUUUCCUCUUUGCUUAAUUCUAGCAAAUGGACUAAGUAAUAUAUUAUUAGGACAGCAAUCAGCUGGCUUGGACAGCAAACAGCUGGCCUGGCAUUUGUGUAAAAGGGAAUACAGUGGAACCCGGGUUAACAUGGACAUCAAUUGCAAGGGGGCAAGCCAUUAGUAUCGAUAUUAAGCAGGCUCUCAGAAAAAACUAUACCUCACAGAGACCUGGUUUAUCUAUAUAAAGACUAAGCAGACAUUUCAACUAGAGAGCUUUGCUUAAUUUCUUAGCUACAAAUGAAACAAGUUCUUCCUAAAGAAAUCUCAGGAUCAUAUGUCAUAGUCACAUGCACAGACUAAGGUCCUGAUAACAUGGAGGUAAGGGACCCCAGAUAGGUGAGGUAACAGGUGGUGGGUCACCCCACCUGUCAUAUAAACAUGAUCAAAUUAAAAUGAGUAAUCAUAUGCUUUAGUCAUGUGAGCGCUAUAUUUCAUUUAAUUUUCCUAGGUUUCUUUAUAGGUUUAUGCAGAAUUUGUUAACAUGCAAAAGUAUGUAAUUUAGUUUUCAUCAUUUGUUCAUUGCUUGUAGGAGGUGAUUGUGACUGAUAAUUCAAAAGUUGAAUGAAAGCUUCAUUUUCUUGAAUGAUAAGCACGCUCUUUUUUCCUCAAUUUAGUUCACAGAACGCUGAAAUUGCAUGUUAGAGCUUUGAAAUUUCAAACUUUUCUGGGGAAGCACACCCUAGACACCCCCCCCCCCCCCCCCACCUUCCCUAGAAAAAGGGAGUAACAGCCCCUUGUUAAUACAGUCAGCUACUCUAUUCAAACCUGCUGGCUACUUCAAUUUUUAUUGAAACCUCUGCUAGAGUGAGAGAUAAAAACAAAAGAGGUGAAUUUCGUUGGAAGAUAAAGCGUGAAAAUUUUAUUGCAGUUGCGGGGAAAUAUAAAUACUUUUGGCUACCAAGGUCAAAAUGAGCAGAAGUGAAAAAAAAGGCAAACAGGAACACAUGUUGUCAUUUCCUUCGUAAAAAGGGUAACUAGGAAGUUUCACGUUGUAGUCGUGCAAAACUACGGCAAGGAAAUGUCCAAAAAGGUGUGCUGCACAUGCAAAGUUGUUGUUUUUGCUAAAUUAUUAAACCUAUUGAUUUUUUGCCAUUCUUGUUGCUGUCACCAUUUAGCAUUACAUUAUCUUAGUUUUUGUUUGAGUAAACUAUAAGUAUAUUGAUGAGUGCUUCACUUCUAGCCCUGCCUAAAUCUAGCUAUAUGUUAUAUUGGUAAGCAGGUUUCUCUUGAGCAGGGUUCCACUGCAUUGAACGUAGUAACAUAAAAGCUAGUAGUACUUUACAAGCUUGAGCAAGACAGAAAUAGGUGAUGAUGGAUACAAGUUAUUUUGGAAAUCUUCCUUUUGGGUGUUGUGUGUAUGUAUUUCUCUUUGAGGUACCCUAUGUGAGUAUGUGGCCCCUGUUUAAGAUGAAUGGCUUUACAUUUUUCUUUGGUGUAUUGGAUUUAUGCCAACUCUUUUGCCGUAUUAUCUGACAAUUUGAUCCCACAUAGGGCACAAAUCCAUCAAUCACCCUCACAUGAUCACCAAAUCUCCUGGAUAAAAUAGCUUUUAUAUGCUUUAGUUUGGAAUUUAGCCCAUUUUUUCUAUGAUCUUCAAAAAAUUUUUCACUCAUAGCACCGUUUCUGUAACAUUUUUGCAUGUAUUUAAUCACUGACAAGACUACAGCCACGUAUUUCUUCAUAGAAGUAAAUUUUUGCAGUCUCUUAUGUUGGGGAAGGGGGACUGGGAAAGAGAUAAUAUGAUGAGUGGAUAGGGGUUACUGUAGCUUAUACAGAAUUUUGAGAAAAGUAAGGAAAAAUUGUGUAGACAUGUAUGGGAUGAACAACAUCUAUAGGCAAUACAGAACCUGCUAUUGGGUAUUUAUAUAAAUGAGGAGUGAAACAAAUAGCUGAUUAUGACAUGACCAUAAAUGUGAACAUAUAUCUUAUUACAACAUGAUAAGAAUUCUAGAGAAUAUAACCAAUAUUUUUUUACAGGUUCUGUAGUGACAAUGGAUGUUGUUCUUCUGAAACAUGUCUACAGAAUUUAAAAGUCAACAGUCAUAACUUUUCUCAAAAUAUUAUUAUUUCUUUCCUGCUGGCACUAUGAAAAAUUUAGCUUAUAGAAUAAAUAUGAAGUGAAGUUAGGGCUUACCCUAUCUUUGUAAUUAUUAUUUUUGUGUUUUUUUAGGUUUACCAUCAUGCUUCAAUUUUGUUGUUAAGUGACUAUGCAUACCACCACACUCCAUGGCCAGCAAUUGGUGUGAUGUUGGGAAUGAACUCAUUUGUACAUGUAUUCCUCUAUUUUUAUUAUGGCCAAUCAGCUCUUUACCCAACUCAAAGACCACAAUGGAGAAAAACCUUGACACAGCUCCAAAUGUUUCAGUUUAUUGUUGGCAUUGUGCACUCAUCGUUUGGUUACGCUCAUCAUGGAUUCUGCAUUUUUAGUAUAUUUUAUGGUUUUAGUAUGCUGGGAUUAUUUGGAAAUUUUUACUUCCAUGCUUACAUUAAAGCUAGGCAUGACAAAAAAAGUGAAUGA